AUGAAAAGGGUCAAGAAGGAGAACGAUCCACAAAAACGAGAUGAUGGCUCAUCAUUUUCUUCUCUAUCUGAAGAUCUGAUCAUAAAGAUUCUUCUGCAGUUGCCGACUAAAUCCAUACCAAAGCUCGUCGUCGUCUCGAAGCUCUGGUCUUCUAUCAUCCGCAGCAAACAGUUCAUCGAUCUCUACCUGAAACUAUCUUUAACUCGUCCGUGUUUUCUCCUCUCGUUCCACCGUGAUAGCAUCCAGUUCUUCCAGAUCAAGCCGUCUCAGUCUCUGGAGGCAGGAUCACCGUCUUCUUCUUACACUUGUACAACAUCAAGCUAUCCUCUGAAUCUUGAUACACUAAGUUACAACGUUUAUCCACCUGUAUGCGGCUUGAUCUGCUUCCAAAAUCUGGAUAAGGUGGUGGUUUCGAACCCUAGCACGGGCCAGUUCUUGGUUUUACCCAAACUCAACACUAGGAGAAAAGGGAUAUCAAGAUUUUUGGGAUACGAUCCGGUUAAAGAUGAAUACAAAGUCUUGUGCAUGACGGUAUUGCAAACUUCUCGAAAGGUUGUGAGCGAAGAGCAUCAAGUUUUCACUUUAGGUGGAGGAGCUGAGAAGAAGGAAAAAGAAGAAGCUACAUGGAGAAUGAUCAAAUGUAAGGUUCCGCAUUGUCCUGUACCCAAAGUGAAAGAGCUAUGCAGCAACGGUCUUGUUUAUUACGGAGCUUGGUCCAACAAUAAGGGAAAAAGGUCUCUAAUUGUGUGCUUUGAUGUGACACUGGAAGAGUUUACUCGUGUUAAAUUACCCGAUGGUGUUGAAAUUGUUCGUUUUGGUUCUGUUUUGGUGAACUACCAUAGCAAGGUGGCUUUAGCCAAUCACACAGAUUUUGGUAAAUUUGAUAUGUGGGUUUUGGGAGAUGUCGUCAAACAAGAAUGGUCAAAGAUCUCUGUCGUGGUUCCUUCUUGGAAUGAUUUAGUUGGACGACGAGACUACUUCUCUUUCAGAGGUGUCGUUAGUUCCGGCAAAUUCAUAUUCGCAUCAGUCUAUUGGCGUGGCCCGUUUAGUGUUAUCAGUUACGAUCCCAAGGAAGAUAUUGCCAAAAGAGUUGAGAUUGAAGGACUUGGAGAUACCUUGCGUUCUGUGAGACUCUACUUGGAUCAUGUGGAGCGUCCUAUAAUUCUCUAA